GCCAUAUACAUAUUACACACAACUCUGUUCUUGUGUCAGGUGUGAAAAUUUAUAAAGAUCACACAUUUCUAGGAAUAGCCACACACACAUAUUACACACAACUCUAUUCUUGUGUUGUGUGUGAAGAUUUAUUAGAAUCACACAUCUCAAAGAAUAGCCACACACAUAUUACACAUAACUCUGUUCUUGUAUCCGAGCGGGGAGAUUUAUCAAAAUCACACAUCUCCAAGAAUAGCCACACACAUAUUACACAACUCUGUUCUUGUAUCAGGGGGAAAGAAUUAUUAAAAGCACACAUCUCCAAGAAAAGCCACCCAUAUAUAACACACAACUCUCUUCUUGUAUCAGGGGGAAGAUUUGUUUUAAUCACACAUCUCCAAGAAUAGCAACGCACACAUUGCAGUACACACAACUACAGAACAAUAUUCUUGUUUCGGGUGUGAAGAUUUAAAAUAACACAUCCCCGAGAAUUGCCACACACAUUGAUCACACAAUAAUAUGGCAGCCACAGCAGUACCUAAAACGAAGAAGGUCAAAGUAGAACAACAUCCCAAGUUCCUUGAACUGGUCUAUACGUCCUUGUGAUCAGAUGUUUUUAUUCUUACAUGUAUUGUACAUCUCAUUUGCAUUAAUAAAAUAAUGAACUGUACAUAAUGUAAAUGCCUCUUUUCGUGUUUAGUUUUUGGGUAAUGUGAACGAAAAUAUCCUUGCUGUAUAUGUAAAAAAUCCCGACCGUAUUAAUGAAUAUCCCGAAAAUAUUCAGAAAGUAUUCAUAAAUAUCCGGAAAAAUGGUUGAAUAUUCAGCCGUAUUUGUGAGUAACCGAAUCAUAUAUUAGUCGUAUCCCUAAGUAUACGUGAAAAAACGAGAUGUAUAUCAGUA